AUGAAAAGUAACGCUAAAAGCAAAACGCUUCUUGUGGCAGCUUUCGACUUCGGAACCACAUACAGCGGUUAUGCUUACUCCUUUCAAGACGACCCCAACAAGAUUCAGACAAAUCAGAACUGGUAUGCAGGUGGUGGUGCUUCGAGACUAGUGUCACUGAAGACGCCUACAUCCGUCCUCUUAAAUCCAGACGGAGAGUUUGACAAGUUUGGUUUUGAGGCCGAAGACAAGUACGCUAUCCUAGCUGAAGAAGAUAAGCACCACAGCUGGAGGCUUUUUCGGAGGUUUAAGAUGGUUCUUCAUAACAAUAAGCAUCUGACGAAAGACGUUACGGUAGAGGACGUUUGUGGAGAACGGAUGAAGGCUUUCCCAUUGUUUGUUAUGUCGAUUAAAAACCUGAGAGAACAUUUACUUAAGGCAGUUACCACGCAAAAGGUAGGAAUUGAAGAGACAGACAUAUCGUACGUGUUAACCGUCCCCGCUAUCUGGGAUGACAGUGCCAAGAGGUUCAUGAGGGAUGCAGCAGUUGCAGCUGAAAUCGACCCCGGUCGCCUCAAGUUGGCCUUGGAGCCGGAAUGUGCCUCGAUCUGGUGUGAAACAUUGGGUACGGACGUCAAGGGCGCUGUAGCAAUUGCAGGGUCACAGUAUAUGGUCGUCGAUCUUGGAGGAGGAACAGCAGAUAUAUCCGUACACGAGAGAAAAUCAGACGGAACAUUAAAGGAAAUCCACAAAGCCAGCGGUGGUCCUUGGGGAGGUAUCUUUGUGGAUGAAAAUUAUAUGAAAAUGUUGCGUCAGUUGUACGGGGAACAGGCUUUGAAUGAUCUGCGAAAGACGGAAAUGGGUGAUUAUUUUGAUAUCACUCGUGAUUUCGAGCACAAGAAACGAUCAUUUGAUACCAAAAACACAAAUCAUGUUGUUGUUCGUUUGUCUCUUUCAUUACGUGAGCUUGCUGAUAAACAUUUCAAACAAUCUCUAGAGGAGAGAAUUGCGGAUUUGGACAUUCCGGAAAAUUCUAUAAAGCCAAUAAGCAGGGACAAGCUUAAAAUCGUUGGCACAGUGAUCCAAUCAUGGUUCAAAGGUCCAAUCGAUCUACUGAUCCAGCAUAUAAACUCACUCUUAGCAGAAGCAAAGAUGGAACGCGUGCAAACUGUUAUUCUGGUGGGCGGAUUCGGUGAAAGUCCUUACGUUCAGGAGAGAAUGAGGAAUGAAAUAGCUGGCGUGAGACUGAUCGUCCCUUCAGACGCAGGGCUCGCCGUGUUAAAAGGUGCCGUGAGGUUUGGACACGACCCCGCCAUUGUCUCUUCCAGGAUUAUGAGGUUCACGUAUGGGACAAGUGUGUUUAAAGACUUUGAUGAAAAGAAGCACUCAGAUGAGAUGAAGGUUUGGAACAAUGGAAAGUGGGUGUUGGAUAAAUGUUUCAAGGUGUACGUGCGGGUGAAUGAGGAGGUGAGAGUGGAUCAACAGGUGACCAUGGAGAGCUAUCCUACCAGUAAACUAACCCUCACACCCGUGUACAGAGCGACGCAUGGAAACCCCGAGUACACAACAGACCCUGGAUGUGAACUGCUAGGGACUGUUAAGCUUGUAAACACCACCGAUAUUCCAUUCUAUCAACAGCAUAUGGAAACUACGUUUAUGUUCGGGCAUACAGAACUUCUCGUCAAAACGAAAAACACGACCACUGGAAAAGAAGCCUUCAUGACAUUUAAGUGCUUCAUAUAAAACGACUUACUUUUUUUAUUUACGUGCAAACUCUUAGAGCACAGAAACACAAAACAAUGCAACUGACCUAAAAGAGCUUGCAAAUGCGUUAAUUUUGAGAGGAAUGGAAGUUUGAAUAUAAAUCUGCUUAUCUUGAAAGACAUGGAAUUUUGCUUAUAAAUGCGUUCAUCUUGAGAGCAAUGAAU